CUAGAGCUUGAUGCAAACAAAGAAACCAAUAAAGAGCCACAAUGGAAGUGAAAUCUGAAAGCAACAUGGAAAAAGAUGGUGGUUUAGGGUGGGGAAAAUCCAUACAAGUGCCAAGUGUGCAAGAGAUGGUGAAGAAUGACUCUCACACUGUUCCUCUCAGAUACACAAGGGACCUCAAAGACAGACCAGUUUUAGACGAGCUUUCUUUAACUUCUUUUGAAAUUCCAGUCAUAGAUUUCUCCUUGCUGGCCAAAAGAGACCCACAUGAACUAAAGAAGCUCGCUUCUGCCUGCAAGGAGUGGGAUUUCUUCCAGGACACCCUGAUCAAUUUUUUUGUUUUUUUUGGGGGACCUUUAAGGUUCUUUCAUUACUCAUGAAAUUAUUUGUGUAGAUGAUAGAUCAUGGGGUGAGAGAAGAGUUGAUACAGAAGAUGAAGGGUGCAGUGGCAGAAUUCUUUGAUCUGGAAAUGGAGGAAAAGCAGAAACACUCAAUGGCAGAAAAUGAAAUUCAAGUGUAUGGGCACGCCUUUGUGUUCUCAGAAGAUCAGAAAUUGGAUUGGGCCGACCUCAUGUUUCUCAUGAGUCAUGACCCACCCUCCUCAAUAUAAAAACCUUAAAUACCGGCCAAUGGCAGUACCAGGUUUCAAGUAUGGAGACAGUGGAAGAGUACUCCAGAGAAAUAUGCAGGAUGUGUGAAGAGAUAUUUGGGAAUUUAUCAGUGUUGAUGGGAAUGAAAGAGGAACGUCUCAAUGAGUUGCACCAAGAUAUCAAACUAGCAAUGCGUAUGAACUGUUACCCACCAUACCCCACACCUGACCUUGUUCUUGGGAUCAGUCCUCACUCUGACGGUGGCAGCAUAACCAUUCUUCUGCAAGAUGAUCACAUCACUGCUCUUCAGAUUAAUCACCAGGGCCAUUGGAUUCCUGUCAAGCCUCUUCCUGGUGUUUUUGUUGUCGACUUCGGUGAUACUCUUGAGGUUUGGAGCAAUGGGAGGCACAAGAGUGAUCAGCACAGAGCAGUGACAAGUGAAAGCAGAGCAAGAAUUUCAAUAGCAAUGUUUGUGGCUCCACAUGAUGAAGCAGAAAUGGGUCCAUUAGAGCCAAUGCUGCGUGAUGCUCCUGCCAUGUACAGAAGCAUCAAGUGCAUCGACUAUGCUAGGCACCACAUGGGCAGGAAACUCGAUGGCAAAGCCCUUGAUUUUCUCAAGCUCCAACCCGACCAAUAAUGCCGAUUUUCUUUUCGAAUUAGAGGUCAAACACUAACGGCAUGAAGUUGCAAGCAGAAUUAAACCCGCGACUUUCCACUUAUAAAGGAGUUUACAUGCUAUUAGACCAUAAGGCCAUAAUGCUAAAAUUUAGAACAGGGCCAAGUCAAAGUUCUUAUGUUAUGCCUCUUCUUUCAAGAUCUUUCGUCAGUGAAUAAUAAGUGACUUAACUAUUCUCUUGAUG